CCUCCUCAGCUGCUGAGGAGCUGGAAGCAGCAGUAGCAGUAUUAUUGCUCAUAACUGCAGGGGGAUGGAUGGAUGAGAGAGCCCAGCUGCAGUAACAGUGGAGCCAGCAGUGAGGUGAGGUGAGGAAAAGCACGUGCAUGUAGAGGGGGCUGAACUAGGACUGUAUCUACUUCAACAUGUGUAGGGGGGGGGUCCCGCACAGGCCAACAGUGCACCCGCCAACAAUACGCCUGCCCUCCAUAGCACUAUGACCGGCUGCUGCCCGGCCAUGCUGUCUUCCAGACCUGGGGGGCUGAGGCGCACAGGAGCACGGACACACCGUGCAGUGUGCUGGCUGCCAGAUGCUGCCUGCACCUCAGCUGUAUCACCCAGCAAUGGGGGGCACCCAAGCUAUGAAGCCCUGAUCCCCACGAGCCCGCUCCCAGAGAAACGCAACUAACUUCUCAGCCAUUUACUUACAGACAGGGUCAGCUGCAGAGCUUUCCCUUCUGACGGCUGCCACGAGUGUGAGGAAGGGGGAGGGAGUGCUUCUCCGGAGCUAGCUAAAAGCCCACCUCCUCUCUAACCCAGCCCACCUAUCAAUUAACCCCUUAGCUCCCUGCAGCAGGAAGAGGUAAUAAUGCUGUAAAGCAGAUGGAAAAAGGGAGGGGGGAAGAAGUAAACGCAGGGGUCUGUGCUGCAUUCCUCAUUAAGGGGCACCAAGUCUGUGACACCUAAGCUUAAGACAGCUGGGUGUCACCCAGACACAUAGGUGGGCGAGACUCUGAGACAUAAGGGCGGCGCUUGCUCAGUGCCUCCUGCAGAGCUGGAGCUGGACCUACAGAUGCGUCUCUUCCUCGAUUUAAAGUUGCUGCUGCUGUUUGGGCAAGUGGCAUUUUCCUGCAACAGGCGAGGUGACAAUACCAACACGGAGCUGGGAGUGGAUGUGCUGCAAUGCAAAACCUAGCAGCACGAAUCAGUGGAUUAGCUGGAGCACUGUAGGUUGGGGAUCCACUCGUCGGUGAUGUCUCCUCUCCUCAUCUGCCAUAGGCAGCCUCGGCAUUGGAACUUGCAAGGAGAUCUCUUCCAUGUGAAGAGGCUUUGGAGGUGGGGGAACAAGAUACGUUGAAAGUCUUGGUAGCCCUCUCCAGCCUUAUUGCAAAGUUUCUUCACCCCUUGAUGCCUGGACUGCACCUCACCACCCUUGGGUGAUCCCUCCAAGAUAUUUCCUCUUCCACCAAGAUAUUUCCUCUUCCAGGGGCUGUUUCUUCAGGCGGCUCCAUGCACGAUUUCGGCUGAAACCAUGUCUUGUGGUCUGGGGCUGGCGAACAGCGAUGGCCCCGUGGUGGCCAGGUACUUCCCUGUUCUCGAUUAAAGCUCCCCGGAAACUUGUGUUCCUGUUCACACUGUCCUUAUCCGUCACUUAUCUCUUCUACAGCCUGCUCAGUUGCUACAGCUCAUUGCAGUUUCCUUUGCAGGACACUGGGAUCUAUUUGCAGCCAGACUCUGGGGUCAGUCCUGUGGAUGCGAUCAGGACCGCUUCUCUAAAGCCAGACACCAGCAAUCCAGAUGUAACCAUCCCUGGGUACCCCCUACCAUCCUCUUCUAGGAACCCCGACAAGAAGAGUAACAACCAGAACCCGGCUGCGACUAGCAAUAGCCUGGAUUCCUAUUUGACAUCUAGCAUUGGCAUCGGCAGCAUCUACAGGGAUGGGAACAUUGCUUUAAAUGCUCAUCUGGAAUCUGGAUCUAGGAAGUCUGACAGCGUUUCCCUGCCUGCUUCCUCAGUGGUGGAGUUGGGGGAUUCUGUGCCAUUAUACUCAGCCUCUUCUGCAAGUUUCGGCAGGAUCAGGACCUUAAAUACAAUAGUUCAACCAGGGUGGCCCACUGUAAGGACCAAAUCUACAUUGCUAUCUGCAGCUCUGAGGCUCAGCUCAUCUGACGACCAAAAACAGAGAGCUCUUGGCCCUGUAGGCUCCGCAGUGUCAAGGAAAAGUCCCAAGGAUGUUGCUCAGAUUCCCUCCACUGCUGUCAGUGUGAGCACCUUGGACAAUACACCGAUCGGAGCCGCACAGGAGUUCAGCACCUUGGACAGCGGUCCCAUUGAAACUACUGGGGGAUUCAGGACCUUGGACAGCGGUCCCAUUAAAACCGCUGGGGGAUUCAGGACCUUGGACAGCGGUCCCAUUGAAACUGCUGGGGUAUUCAGGACCUUGGACAGCGGUCCCAUUAAAACUGCUGGGGGAUUCAGGACCUUGGACAGCGGUCCCAUUGAAACUGCUGGGGGAUUCAGGACCUUGGACAGCGGUCCCAUUGAAACUGCUCAGAGGAUCAGCACCUUGGACAAUGGUCCUAUAGAAUCGGCUGGGGAAUUCAGAACCUUGGACAGCAGUCCCAUUGAAACGGCUGGGGGAUUUAGCACCUUAGAUAGAGCCCCUGUUGAAACAGCUGGGAGAUUCAGGACCUUGGAUAGAACUCCCAUUGUAUCUGCACAGGGGUUCAGCACCGUGGACAGUGCUCCCUUUGAAACAGCUAGAAGAUCCAGCACCUUGGAAGCAAAAGGGACAUUCAGCACCGUGGACAUCCCUCCCAUCAGCUUCUCACAAGGUUUCAACACCUUACAAAGUGCACAAAAAAUCCACUUACCCCAUGACACAGAAGAUGACAUUUCACCCCAGGGAUCAGCUCAGGUGAACGAGAAAUCCCACCAGCAAACCUUCAGCCUCAGCACUGACAGCAGCACAGCUCUCCCCAGCGUGUUUCCCAGACUGAAUGACUUCAGCACUGCUGACACUGCUCCAAUUCAUAAAAGUCAUCCAGAUCCCUACAGGGAUAGAGAUACCUUUCCUCCUAGUCCGGGAGAGAACGCAGAACACUGGGAUACUCCAGGGAAUGACAUGAACACCCCCCUAAAUGAGAUCCCUUCAUGGGAUAGAACCCCCUUAGCUACCACUGAAAUGAUCUCAGAAGCUCACACUGGGUAUUUGGAGAGAGAAACUCAGGAAUCCAGCACCACCGAGGAAGAGCUCAGUCGCAGACUGUCUGUGAACAGCACCAUAGAGUAUGGAGACAAAAAACUGCCCCAGGCGAUUAUUAUUGGGGUGAAAAAAGGGGGCACCCGUGCUUUGCUGGAGGCUCUGAGGGCGCAUCCUGAUGUCAGGGCGGUUGGUGUAGAGCCUCAUUUCUUUGAUAGGAACUAUGAGAAAGGGCUGGAAUGGUACCGAGAUCUGAUGCCAAGGACAGUCGAUGGCCAAAUAACCAUGGAGAAGACACCAAGUUACUUUGUUACAAAUGAGGCUCCACAAAGGAUCCAUUCAAUGGCCAAAGACACCAAGCUUAUCGUGGUGGUGAGGAACCCAGUGACGCGUGCCAUAUCUGACUACACACAAACUCUUUCCAAGAAACCAGAAAUUCCAACUUUCGAGGUCCUUGCCUUUAAAAACAGGACCCUGGGACUGAUCGAUGCCUCCUGGAGUGCACUGCGGAUAGGUAUCUAUGCGCUCCAUCUAGAAAGUUGGAUGCAGUAUUUUCCUCUUUCCCAAAUCCUUUUUGUUAGCGGUGAACGUCUCAUAAGUAACCCAGCAGAAGAACUGGCUAAGGUUCAAGAUUUUUUGGGUCUCCAACGGAUUAUCACAGAUAAGCAUUUCUACUUUAAUAAGACUAAAGGUUUUCCAUGUUUGAAGAAGCCAGAAGACACGGGGGCUCCCAGGUGUUUGGGAAAGUCCAAGGGUCGAACUCAUCCCAAAAUUGACCCCGAUGUGAUCCAACGUCUAAAGAAGUUUUACAAACCCUUUAAUGCUAUGUUCUAUCAAAUGACAGGUCAGGAUUUUGAAUGGGAAAAGGAAGAACUGGAAAGUUAAAAUGGACGUUGGGGUGGUUGUGAUUUCCUUGUCUAUGGACAGUCUCACCCAUGUACAGAGAAUAUUUAACGUUUUGCCAACAAAUACAAGAAAACCCUAUAAAAAUUGAUGAAAAGAUUAAAUAAUUAUUUAUAUAAAAAUAAAGUGCAGCAAAUUCUACUGUG